AGGGCUUCAAUACUACUCAAACUCAUCGAAACACAAGAUAAUGAAUUAGCACGACCCAUAGUUUUAUUCUAACCUCUGACAUCAAUCAUUCGCCCUCCCGUGUCAGCAUGGAUCUCACGAUAGUUCGUAAUUCAGUUUUGUUGUUUUGUACCCGCCCAGCAGGUAGUAAUUGCAGUACAGGUAUCAUCAUGUCUGUGAUCGUUAUCGUCACCAUGAACAACGUUUGACGUAGCAGAUUUUUUUGUUGUCCUUUUUUUCGGUGAGUGGCGCUGUAGUGAUUUGAAUCGGGACGCAGCUCCUGUGAUGCACAAGCAUCGCAAGUACUCUUCAUCUGAAUAUUUCGACAUUUGUAUAGUCGUCCUCACCUGAUUUUGCGUCUGUACCUCGGUUUUGAAUUGUGAAAAAUUUGACACGAAGUUAUAUGUUUGAAUCGUGUUUCGGCAUUUUCGCUUCAUUCUGAAAGCAUAGAACUCCGCAUGCGCUUUCGCUUUUAUUCCCUCUUUUUUACUUCGACAUUUAAUGCCUUGCUGCUUCACGCUUCACGACCUAGAGUUUUGAAAAGUAUGCCUAUCAGACAUCCGUAAAUAGUCAACAUUUGUACCAAAGAACUUUCAUAUAUUGAAGAUUCAUCCCACCUAUUUUUCAUUGUACCAACGUAUUUCACAAUUUCCUGUUUGGUUCGACGGACUGCGUGCGGCCGAAGAAAUAUGCUGCAAGCUACGUAAAAGUAUAACUUAUUUCUUUGAGUUGCACCCCAACCACUAAGAAGUAAGUUCGCUGCUUCCGUCGUUUGGCUGCUUGACCUCGACGAGGAUGCCGGAACUAGAACCCAUUUCCGCGAAUAAAACGUCAUCCGACCCCGCCGACAGCACUACCACCAAGAACAAAUCCGAUCGAAUAUGGGAGGAGCACGGGGACAAGGUGGUCAUCCAGGAGUUCCACAAAUUGAUGUUCCCAGACCCGGAGAAGCCGCUUUCCGAGUGCCUCCCCCGGAACAUCAGCGCGCGGUGCGCGGAGGUCUGGAACGGCCACCACGUCGCCUACAGGUGUCUGACCUGCGGGAUCUCCCCCUCCAGCUGUAUCUGCGUGGCCUGCUUCAACGCAGGCGAGCACGAAGGGCACGACUACUUCAUUUACCGAAGCGAUUACGGGGGUUGCUGCGACUGCGGAGACGCCGAUGCCUGGGACGUGUGCGGGUUCUGCCGCUAUCACCGGUAUUCGUAAAAACAUCUUGUUUCUCUUUCGAUCUUUCGUCGGUGGUUCAGUAUUUGAGUAAGUAGCCUGCCUGUCUUCAACAUUUGACGGGGCCUCCGCUCCUGGAACUUUGUUUGUGGUCUCAAAGCAUAUUACGAGUACCACCGGCAGGAGCGACGCUGACUAAGUAAAAACGCCACAGCUGCUGCUAGAGCUACCUAAGCUACCGCAGGAGGUCUAGUACUACUUCUUGAUAAAGCUAGAAGCCCACCGGCCGCGCCAAAAUCUUGGUCGUCCUCACACACUGUGAUUGAAACAGCAUCCAAAAAAAUCCACUCAUCACCAAAAAACCAUCAGACGCCAUUGUGAUUGAUUCCAAAACCUUCACGACCUCUGAAGAUCAUAAUGAUGAAUAAAAUCCAAAUUCCUGAUUAUCAGCAUGGCGUACGAGGCGAACAAGCGGAACCCGUGCACGAAUCUGCCCCCGAAGAUCAAGAACACCCUCCGCAACAUCCUCCCCAUUCAGCUCCGCCGGCUGUGUCACCACCUGCAGGAGUGGACCAUGAGCAGCAAUAACUCCACGGGGAACAUCCACUCCAGUACUGAAAUCCCCUCCGAAUGUAGCGAGCACAUCAAAUUUCUCCUGAAACUCGCGGGCGCCCACGACGGCCUGCGGCACAUCAUCUCCGAGGCCUUUGCGAAACAGGAGUUCUAUGCUGUGCAAAAGUAUCGUACUCGUAUAAAUGCAGGUCUUGCAUUACAAAUUUUUUUGUCAAGGCAAAUCAGCAUUACAAAUUUUAUUUCUCAUGCUGAGAAAAUUUGUAAUGCAUUUAUACGAGUACGAUACUUUUGCACAGGAUAAGUUCAACGGAAAAUCGAUUCUGGAAUUCGCGUUGCAGGUAUCAAGUGCAAAAAUGUCUGGGUCUGGAAGAAUUCAUGUUUGUCAUGCUUGUCGGGCAUGACAGACUCUUAAAUCUGUCAUGCACGUUACCCAAGAGCAGCUCCGUUUUUCUGUGAUGCAGAAGCGCAGUUUGUCAUGCAGAAAAGGCAACACCUAGGAGCUCAGAAAGUUGUCAUGCUGAGCCAGCACUUGUAGCCUCAUCAUGAGACGCCACCCAGCAUCACAAGUUUCCAGACCCAGCCAGUUUUACUUUUGAUAGCAGGUCGGGUCGAACCACUUGGCGAAGGAAACCGACUUGACAAACCUGUUUCUCUAUCGUAUUUAAAAACAUCCCCACCCCAUAGUUGUAAUGCAAAUCUGCAUGCUAAGAAUGUUUCUCAUGCGGAGCCCCAUGAGAAGCAUUUUCUACUCGCAAUUUGAAAUUUGUCAUGCUCCAAUCAGCACAGUAUACUGGAUGCGUGAUGCUGCUGAACUACCCCAAACAGCAAUACGCUACGAGUCCAAACUUGUCAUGCAAAAGAGCCAAACCCUGUGGAUUUGUCUAGCCGAUUCCCCAUGUUGUUGACGAUGGGGUGGAGACUCGUUUUUACAUAGGAUAUUCUCGACCUCAUGUUCGAUGCGAACUUCAAGAGAACGUUUGCGCGGAUUUUCCUCAAACUCUACCCGGACUUGAUACUGUAUGAAAGCGUCAGGUUUGAACAAAUCGACAAAGUUGAAAUAACUUGUAAUGCAUAAAAUGGAUGCCAGUUGUGACCCAGUUUCUAAGUGGCGCAUGACAAAUUUGGGUAGAACCGAAAUCCAGUUUGUCAUGCUCUUUGGGUAAGGGAGACGCCUUUUGUCAUGCUACUUUAGCAGCUCUGUUUCUACCCCUCAACAGGCUUACGAUCUGCCUCCCUUACCUACUCUGCAAGACAGGCACUUUGUGGGUUGCAUUUUAUGCAUCGCAAACUAUUUCAACUUUGACGAUUUCAAUCCUGACACUCCCAUAUUUUGAAUCGGAGCGAGGUGCUGAGCUCCUUGGUGGACGAAAACGGGGAGGACGCAGAAAAUAUCCACGUUGGGGCUGACCCGACAAGUUUGGAUAGGGUCACGGUAUUCUUUAUGAUUUUUUUAGAAUCGAGGAAGAAAAAAAAACUUACCGCUCUGCAGCAGAGGCUGUAGUGGUGCGUAAGCGUACUAAUGCCCAUCAGCACGAGUCGUCUUGUCAACUACAUGCAAUUCUGUGCAUCUGAAGCUGAAAAAAUGGAAAACACUCUGACUUUUGCACCCACCUAUCUCAGGUCCAACUCUUUUCCAUUCGAGCCAUCACUCUCGAACUUUUGGAAGACCCGGAUGUGGAGCUCCUUGACACGUAUGCAAUGCAAAUAUGUCUGGGUCUCCCGGGACGUCGAGGAUGCAGUUUGUCAUGCGAAGUCUCCAACACAUGCAUGAGCACAACAGCCCUUGCACUGUUCCCCGCCCAGACCCAGACACUACAUUUGCAAUCCAUAACACGUUGCUCCGCACGACGAAGGACUUGCUCCUUCUCGCCUGCGACCAGAAGUCGAAAGUGAAAUACCUUGUGAACAACCACUCCAUUCUUACCAAGCGGUCCUACUUUCAGUGCACCCAUGACCUCCGGUUUGUUUUGGAUCAUCAAGAAGUGGUCGAUGAGCUCUUUGCCCGGAUGACAUUCCGGAACUGCUUGUGGCAGGGCUGGUUGGAGAUCUGGAAAAUCAUCCAGUGCGCCAACCCGCACGUGAGAAUCCCGGAGGACGCCGACCACGUGGCGCACGAGAACACGCGGUGGGGCAACAGUUUGGUCUUCGAGUCCGACAUCCACUCCGCGUCGUCUUCCAUGAUCGUCACGCUGGAAAACCGGGUCCGCGCUAUUGACACGGUUCACUGGGCCUUGAUCCCGCUGUGCAAAGCGUUGCGCGAGUGGAUCUCGACGGUGCGGUCCGCCGAGCAAAACUGGUACAUUGCCCUCUGCAAACCGGACCCGAGUUUGAACGAACGCAUCGCAAAAUUCACGCCGGAGGAAGAGGAAAUCGGUCUGGUUGGGUGUGACUACGUCGUGUCCAAGCAGCCGGUCAGCUUUCACAUCCCCAUGCACCGGAUUUUCGCGUCUCUAAUGCAUUGCGUCUGCUCCGUACGAGAUUUUCGCACAACUCCCCCUCGACGUUGCUCUCAUUUGAAGGGCGCGGACAGUGUGCUGGCACGAACAGUGUCAGACAUGUUGCUCUCGCAACAUGACACGUGCUGUAGUUCGCUUUCUGCUACUUCGGAAUAAAAUUGAUGUCAUGCAAGCAUGCAAAAUACCAAAUGCAAAUCCGAUUUCUUACUUCUAUGCAUGACAACAAAUGAAGGAGCAGACGGGUGGCAGUUGUGUCCUUUCAUACCCUAGCCCGAAUGAGACGGCCUUGAUUAAGGAGAAGGACAGCAAAGCAGCCUGGGCGACGGGCGAUAGGGCGACCGGGAUGGGGAACUUGAUGUUCGGCACGUCAGCGAAUAAUAGUUCUUCGUCGAGCUCCGCGGCCGGCGAUAUGAACGAAGCGGAGUUGCUUUGCGAACCAGCGGGAGCGCCCAUGGACUCCACGCCGGUGAUAGAUCGGCGCAACGAGGACGACCAAAACUCGGCGCUGAACAGCAGCAAAGACGUGGACAUGCUGAACGACAACGAAAAUAAUAACAACGACACUGGCGUGACGACUCCCGUGAAGAAGAAGUCCACGUCGUUGAUUAUCGACACCAACAUGUCGCCGCCACCUGCGAACGAAUCCAGGGAGUCCGCGUCCAAACUGUUCGCCCAGAUUGUGAACAGUCCGAAGAAGACCCCGGCGGAAAAGAAGAAGCCGAAAACGCACUUCACGAGCAUCGACGGCAGCACGCACGUGUCGAGCUACUUGGCGAGGCUGGAACGGGACAAAGCGCGCGACAUGGCAACAACUUCACUUUAUCAUGGAGGUGGAAUUCAUACCAGUGGUUUUGGCGCCACAAAUUUGUUCGGCGGGGGUUUUGGAAACAGUAGUAGUUCUUCCUCGGCAACGCUGAACCACCUGGAAUUGCUCAACACGCACAUCUUCGACCCGUUUAAGGAUAGUUUCCAACUUUUCAAAAACACAGAGUCGCUUUUCAAAACGGUUUUGCAGACGGACGAAAACGACGAACUAAACAUCGUCGACCUGCUGCACAUUAUGGAGCACCCCCUCCGCUGCCUCGUGUUCCACGCCCAGUGCUACGGGUUCUCCUCCCUCUGGCUCCGGAACGGGGACUCCGUCGCGUACGAGGCCUGCUUCUACAAGAAAAACUACUGGCACAGUCUGUUUGUCGACCCCGAUUUAACCCUGAUCCGUUUGGUAAUGCUCGCUUUGUCAGAAAUAUCCAAGAAAAAAACAUUGUAGGUGUAACUUUCGUGGAGGAUUAGCAUGACAAAUAUCUCUCGCAUGAAAGCAAAAACCUGUCAUGCGCAGAUAGUACGGGAAAACGCCGCUGAAUGGGCUCUACGAUGCAUGCCAAGCAUGACAGACGCAAUCAUCUUGCAUGUUGCGCAUCACAAAUUUACACUAACACCGUUUUUUUCUUGGAUGAGAAACGAACCACUUGUCCGCGUUCGUCGCGACCGUGUUGCAGCGGUUCGAAGCGUAUCCUGUGCAAAAGUAUCGCACUCGUAGUAAUCGCAGUCAUGCACUACAAAUCUUCUUCUUAAGGCAAAUCCGCAUUUACAAAUUCCAUUUCUAUACGCUAAGGAAAUUUGUAUUGCGGUUUAUACUAGUACGAUACUUUUGCAAUGCAUAAAGCGGGGCCGCGACUGGUCGGACACAGUGUCGAAACCAUGCUGUUGACGUUGUGUCAGUGUCUGGCGAUCGAACCCUACACCUUCCGGGCAAACGACGUGGAGCGGAUCACGGAGUAUCACUGCAUCCACGUACUCGCGAAGGGACCCUGCACGCACAGCGAGCUGACGGACACGAUCAUGAUAUCAAAUGCAAAAAUGUCUUGGUCUGGAAGAAGACAAACUUGUGAUGCGCAUUGCAGCACACAGAAAAAUCUCUCAUGCAUAGGUACCGAAAGCUGCCCACUUUCUGUCACCAAGAUGGGUGAUUUGUCAUGCGGAUUCGGCAUUGUGGAAGCUUCUCGAAACCUGUGACGCUAGAGCUUCCAUGCCAGACCUCCUGCGUCAUGCAAAAACAGCAUGCCUCGUCCAGACCCAGACAUUUUUACAUUUGAUACAUGAAGUCGCACGACAACAGCGACUUUCUGGAUGGGAUUUUGUCCGACAUUGCGGACUUCCAGGAACCGGACGCGUAUUUCUAGUUUGAUGGUUUGGCACUGCUUGCAAAUUAAGAUAAGUGAUUGUUUGUGUUUCAUCCCUAAAGCUAAACAUCAGCUUGAUGAAACAAAGGCGCAGAAGAAGUAGAUGCUGUGUUGUAAAAAAGAAGAACACGCAUGAUCAAAAUCUCACAGCGCCACCCAGUCGGGUCACCGCACUCCGGGGAAGUACAUUCUGAAGCAAGCUUAUGGGAGUGUCAGAGUUGAAAUCGACAAAGUUGAAAUAAUUUGUCAUGCAUAAAAUGCAUGGCCCGAGGUAUGUGCGUUGCAGAGCAGGCAAGUGAGGCCGAUUGUAAGCCUGUUAGGGGUUACAGCUCGAGCUGCUAAAGUAGCAUGAGAAAAUCACUCUUCUUUGCCUAAGCGGCAUGACAAACUGGAUUUAGGGCCCACCGAAAUUUGUCAUGCGCCACUUAGAGACUGGGUUCCAACUGGCAUCCAUCUUAUGCAUGACAAAUUAUUUCAACUUUGUCGAUUUCAACUCUGACACAUCCAUAAAGCUUUGUGGCGGUAUGUCGACCCGCUGUUUCUCCUUUACUCGUGGAAGGAACAGCACGACGUGGAGGAACGAAAACUGGAGUAUGCAUUGCAAAUAUGUCUGGGUCUGGAAACUUGUAAUGCUAAAAAUGAAUGAUAGACGCACUGCAGUACGCAGCUAUGCAUGGCAAAUUUUUUGGCUGCCAUGUCUUACGUAUUUCGCAUGGCAAACUGCGCUUUUGCAUGACAGGUAAGAGGGCUUUUUCGUACCUAUGCAACACAGAUUCUCGUGUCAUGCCACACUAGCAUGACAAAUCUCGCAAUCUCCCAGACCCAGACACUUUUACAUUUGAUAUGGAGAAACUUGGCGCAAAACUGAGCAACAGCUUUGUCCCUAAUCGGCACUGGAAGGACAUCGAGUCCUUCGUCGUUCCCUGCUACCGGAAGGGGCUGCAACUAAUCGCGCGAGAACCGGCUUUUAUUUCUGUGCCGAUUGUUUCGUUACUCCAAACCGCGUUUCUCCCGCUGGAAAUGGUGAACCACCGGGGGCUGCAGCUGACGUUGCUGCUGCUGCAGCGGCUGUUGGUCUUGGUGAACUUUGAGGAGCAGAAGGAGAAAAUGCUAGAGGAUAAUGUGCGGAACAGCUCGACGUCUUCUAGUACAACUGGGAACAACGGCAACAAAAUCAUCAUCCAGGUGUCAGUCGUUCAGGCGGGCAAUGUGUUUGCGCUCGCAAAGGAGCUUGCAGACAAGGUCGACCCCCGGUUGUCGAUGGUUGACGUAGCGAAGGAUGUGGUAGUGGAGGUGGAUUGCUGCGAGGUGUCCAGUAACUGCCUGGCACGGCAGAUGAUGCGGAUCCACGAGCAGAGUGGUGAUAGUUUGCUCUCCCGCCCGGGAACCUCGCAGUCAAGCAGAAACACAGGGAAUAGUAAUGGAACAGGGGAUCAACAGCAACAGCAGCCCCCCGCCCAGUCUCUCUCCCCCUCCUCCCCGUCCCGACGGCAGACCGCGAGACGGCAGAGCUUCGGGCUGCUGGGGUACCACGGGCUGAAGCCGCAGCUGGCGCCGUUAACGUUGGACAACAACCCCUUGUCUUCCGCCGCGGUGGUGCACCAAAGCAGCCUGAACAUCGGCACAAAUUCCAGCACAAACAGCAGCUCGAAUUCGAGUCCCAACAACAGUCGCAGACCGAGUCUGACGAACAAUGGUAACACUAACAGCGGAACUACAAAUGCUCCUGGUGCAGCAACAUCAGCAACUUCAGAGGGAAAAAAUGUUUUGAAUGCAACGACGAAUGCUCUUGCAGGAGGAGCAAGUUCUGGCGCAACAUCCUCCUCCUCGCGAAUCUUGAACGGCAGGUCCGUGAACUUGACCAGAAUCUCUCCAGAAAAUAAUGACCAUCAGGAGCUAGGUGGAGAGCUAGAACAAGCAAUGGAACCAGAAGCGAUGAAUGUCGACCAGCAAGGAGCUUCUUCUACGGCCGUCGCACUGAAACAACUAGACCAAUCUUCUUCCGUCGUGCAAUUUUCCCUGCUGCAGUGCUUCGAGGCGAUUUUGAAAGAGCCCAGUUGCAAACAGCACGUGCAUGUGGUGAACCAAAACCUGAACCUUUUGCAACUGUACGGGGUUGGCAAGGAACAACCUGCUCCGAGUUGUGCUGCGAUGAAACAAUCCUCUGGUACUAGUACCAGCGUCGUUCUCGAAAACAACAGCGCUGACAACAAGCCCCUCCCGAUGCAGGCCAUGCGUUCGGGCGCGACAGAAAGCACAACCGCUUCUGUGAAUUUUGGCAGUAUGGCGCUUUCGUCCACGAAUUCCAUCGGGUUUUUGGCGCAGCUGGACCAAGCAGAGGCGGGAGCAGGCGGCAGUUGUACUAGCUUGUCAGCUGGUGUCGCAGCACCAGGUGGUGCAUUGUUCCAACAAGGCGGUGCAGCUCCUGCGACGUCCAGUUCUUCAUACACCGCCUUCCAACAACACAACGAGGACGCCCCGAUGCCACAGGCGACACAGGAGGAGCCGGUGGUCGAGGAAAAAACCGAGGCGGAGAAGAAAAAGGAAGAGAGGAAGAGGAAACAGGCGGCGAUGCUGAAAAAAUUCAACAAGAAACAGAAAACGUUUCUCGAAGAUGCGGCGAAGAACAGCUCACCGGUCAAGAAAGCCGCGUCUGUCAACAACUCCCAGAACGCCACACCAACGCUGAACAACACUGGAACAAGUGCUGUUGCAUCAAAUAAUGGCGCCCCCGCGGCGGUGAUGUCUUCUGCGCAAAGAGAGCUGCAGCUCUUACAACAAGACCAAGAGCCGGGCUCCAGUAAGAAAGCUAUUUCUACUUCCAAAGUGGACCUGAUUUGCCAGGAAAUCGGGGAGCCUGACGUUCAGGAAGCAGAGUGCGUGAUCUGCUUUUGCCAGCAACCCGGGGAGAAAACGGGGCAAAACCCGUUGGGGCGGAUGGCGCACUUGCAAAAAACCUGUGUCUCGAACGUACCCAGGUUAAAGAAACUAGCGGUUUCUGAGUCCCAAAACAGUCCGACGAAAACCGGAAUGAACAAUAAUUCAUCGAACAGUCAAGUCAGGAAGAGAAAGCGGCUGUCGCCGCAGAAAUCCUGCCCGGUGGACCCGCAGAGUGCUGCAAUGUUUAACAGUGGAGCAGGUGGUGUGUCAAGUACAACUAGUAGGGGGCUGUUCGUCGGUCAGCAAGUAGCCUCCUCAUCGAGCAGUACUAGCAAGAAUCUUGACGGCGAUGUGACGAUGGGCGGAACUACAACAUCGAACGCAACGACGAUACCGCAGAAUCAAGCCGCGCAACAACAGGGUUCUUUAUUCCAAUUGCAAAACGUGAGUGGUUCCUCGUCUUCCUCCUCCUCCAAGGAGAAAACGACCGCCGGCAGCACAGGAGGAGCAAAUCAAUUUUCAUCCGCGGCCCCGAUGAGCAACAAUCAGCUGUCCAGGUGGAAUUCCGUCCCCGCGGCACCAACCGGCCAGCUGUUCCCACAGCCGGGGAGCGCGGCGUCUUCUCCGGAGAAAGACAGUAACUACGCGGAGAAUAAUUUGCACGCGAAUUCUCUAUCAAACCCAAAUAUGUCUGGGUCUGGACAAGAUUUGUCAUGCUAGUCUGGCAUGACUCUCAACUCUGUAUUGCGUGCCCGCAAAGAGCUCCUCUUACCUGUCAUGCAAAAACGCAGUUUCUCAUGCGGAGUGCGCAACUCUGAACCGAGGAAAAACUUGUCAUGCUGGGCAGCGCAUUGAUUACAGUGUGCUCACUAUUUUUCCCUUCCUUGCGUCACAACUUUCCAGACCCAGACACUUUUGCAGUUGAUAUUCCCCGGUGGACAGCAAUUCUAGUUCUGAGGAGUCAAGCGCGUAUGAGCAGGGCUUGGAGGACCCGAACUUGAAGAGGAAGUUAUUGAACGCAAAUAACUCGAAAGCGCUGGAGCUGAUCGAGCAGCUCCAACCCGAUCCAACAGCCGCGGGAUUGUACAUGUGGUCCUGCAGUCACAAGAUCCACUUUGAUUGCUGGCGUCGGUUGCGGCACGGCACCAUGCACGGCAGCCGGGACAACCAUUGCCCGUAUUGCAACCAUCCGGUGCACAUCUUCAUCCCGUGCGAGUUUGCGUUACCCCAAACUUUAAAAAAGAUCGAGGAGGUCAACAAUGGUGGUGCGGUUUCGUCCGAUCAAGACGCCGACGGGGACGCAAGUAUGGGCGUUGUGGACAAUGAAAAUAACGAACAAAGAAUUGACCAGCAACAACAGCAGCAGCAGCUACAGGUUGUAUCAAACAAACCCACAGACGCACUCGAAAUAAUGCACGAUCUAAUGGAUCCGAAUAGCCAACUGAAUUCUGGAGGUCGAGUGCGAAAAAGCAUCGGGGACAGCGGCGAAGUACCAUCAUCAUCUUCAAAAGUAGGAGCAAAUAUCAACUCCAGUUCUUUGAGCGAAAAUGAAGCGCAAAUCGCUUUGGCAGGAACUCGUGCAGCUGGUGGAGCAGCUUCAAAUGUGGAUCCGACUGGUACACAAAUAGUAGUUGCGACCAGGAAAAAUACCGCCUCCACCCCUUUCGCGGAGCUGCAGCACCUCGAAAACUGGGACCAAUUUUUCAAAUCCUCCGUCGGGUACCAGCAACUGGCUUUAGCCAUGAUGGCGAGCAGGAACGUUUCCUGGUCGCUCAAAUGCCGUGCCGCGAGCACCAGUCCAUUCUACUCUUUUCUCGACUGGGUACAGAACGAGAGACAAAACAUCCGCGCACAGUACUGCUUGAUCCCGCCCUCGAAAGGGGACUACAGCGGUAACAGCAACGCCAACCUGUUGACGCAAAACAUGUCUGUAGCAGAACGGAGACGGAUGCUGAACGGGCUGUUGCCGACCGUUCCGGGAUAUCAAAUGCAAAUAUGUCUGGGUCUGGAAGCUUGCAACUUGUCAUGCUGUUUUUGGAGUCUAAAAAAAUUUGUGUUGCAUGACCAGCAAGAGCAGGGGUCCAGAUUGUGCUACACGGACAGGGCAUUUCUCAUGCGGAAGGCGCAUCCGGAAGCCCUCUAAAAGAAAAAGUCUGUGAUGCUAGGUCAUGCACUACAGGCAUCAUGGGUCAUGAAAAAUAUGCAUGACAAAUCUUGCAUUCUUCCCGACCCAGACACUUUUGCAGCUGAUACGGGAGGGACAGCUGCCGCGAACGUGGCCGGGGUGGCAACCGGCCUAUUCAACCGAUUUCUCCUGCAGCAGCAGCAGAAUAACGCCACUGCGCCUGCUGUAGUACCGGUAGGAACGACAGCGACUACUGGUGGCGGUGUAGCGACAACGGCAGCGGGAACAACGGGAACGACCACUACUGGAGGUGGAAUGACGAUCAAUCCCGUGCAGUUGACCAACCUCUUCACGCAAGUGACCAAUGCCUACGAGGCUGCAAAUAUAAACGACGCAACAGGGAAUAAUGUGGAUGAAAUAGUUGCACAGGAUACAACAACAAAUACGCAAGUAGAACAUCAACGCGCUGACACGACCACAACCAGGGCUGCAAACACGACGGCGGGAGCUGCAGUGGUGGAACUCUCUCGGGAGCAGCGGCUGCGCAUCACUGCGGAGAACAACGCCACUUUCCUGACUGCCGCGCAGGACAUCCAGCGCCGCUUGCAGCAGGCAGUGGCGCAGCACGGGAACGAUCCGGCGAAUACCGUGGAGAUCUUAAAUUUGUACGCGCAAUUCCUCACGCAGGUACAGGCUCUGCAGCAGAACGUGAACUCAAUCAACACGCGGCAACUCCAAGUCACUAUAACUACGAACAACGCCGCAACUGAUAAUCGAGGAACAGGAAGUGCGGCAGGGACCAGUUUGAAUGCUGCUCCUGGGGUGGACCAGCAACAGCAGCAAACCGGGCCACAGUCGCUGCAACAAAUUUUGGCCUCUGCGACCGCGAGUGCGCAGGCGCUGAAUAACAUGAUACAGACGGGAACUAGAAGUAGUGGGGCAUCAAGUAGUAGUACGGGAGGAGUUGUAUUUAGCAGUACAACAGCAUCCAUCAAUGCGGCCACUGGCUCUACUGCCUCGGCAUCCAGCUCAUCCGCUCCAUCAGGAAUUCUGACAGCAGCAGGCACAAACGGCGCGUCCUCCUCCUCGACAGGACAGCAGGACCAGCAAGCUCCGAUCCCCGUCGCGCCGCGAGUCUUUGUCUCGUCCGGCGGCGCAGCAUCAUCAUCAAAUACCGCAGCUGCUGCUUCUUCCAGCAGUUAUGAAGAUGCGGACGAUCUUAGUUUCCAAGUGCCACCAGCAGUAGUUGCAGAGCAGCAGCGAAUGGCGGGGUAUAAUACGACUUCCGACCAACAGCAGACGGGCACGGCUAGUGUGUCAAGCAGUUCGGGCGAGCAGCAGUUAUGCACUGCCACGCCCGUGAUCCCGCCAUCUUUAAAAAUGUCUCAGAAAUGGCCUCGGGAAUGUAAGGCGGAGGCAAUUCCCACAACGCCGGCGCCCCUCAUUGUGGUUGCAGGGAAGAGGGGCACACAAGGCGUCGAGCCGGGCCAUCGCAAAGCAGCUUCCUCGAGACGCGGCGCCCGCUGCCGUAUUUGGCGCAGUUUUGUGGCGCGCAAUGCGGGCCGCGGCUGGCGUUGACGUUCGGGCGCCGCCCGUUUGCCCCUUAUCCCUUUGCCGGCCUCCCCUUGCACAUAUGGACGCGAAGUGCCGCAGCGCCACACUUGUGUCGGGCCUAUCUGUGCCCGCUUUCGUUUUGUCGCAGGCGCGCCGGCGUCUUGUCCGCAGCCCGGUUCGAAGCAUUGCAGGCGCCCCGUCUGCCCCUGCAUUUCCGCCGCCCCGGCGGAUCAGUGCCUGCUCUGACAGGUUGGGACCUUCAGCGGGGCUGCCUCUGUAAGAAGGCAGUGUGCUGGCCUUGCCGCUGUUCCUUUCUUUGUUUCUGUGGCAGCCAGGCACGGGCCCGGCCUUGCUUUCUGCGCGGCGGACUGCUAUUCUGGCCCUCCUCCCUUGUGGGCGGCAGGCACGGCCGGCCUCACCCGGGAGGGCAAGCAACCAACUGCCGGCCUCCCAUUGAUUGGUUGGCCGCCUGCCGGCGCCGCUUGGCCACAGCCGGGCGCCUCGUCAGCCCAUUGUCGUGGCGCAUUGCUUUCGCACGCGCAGGCGCGCCCCUUGGCGCGAGGGGGAUGCUGCCCUGCUUCUCUAGAUCACAGGGCCACCGUGUCACGCGCGUGACACGGGCGGACCCGGCUACGUUCUUUCUCGUCUCUUGCUGGUCUUGGGUGGUUUGGUGGCAAGCAGAAUUGCUUCAGUCAGUUUCCCUUCACUUCUACCGCCAAAGCCCAGGGGACUGCCGCGUGUGUGUGUCUAUGAUUGGCAUCCAAGGCAGUCUUGGACCUGGGGCGAAGGCCUGCCUCAGCCCGCGAGCCCUUCCUGGCUUCUGCCAGCCGGACCGGCCGCCGGCCGACAGCCAGGCAGGCGCCCCCGCGCGGGCCGUGUUGGCUUUGCUUGGAUGCAAGUGCCGGCGAAGGCGUUGCAGCGGCUUCUAGGCAAAGCCGAAACGUAUGAAGUUAAUGGGGCUGCUGAACUCACUGGCGCAGCCACUGGCGCCAUGUGUGGCGCCGCUCCUCUCCCUCGGCACGACUUAGGCACUCCUUCACCAACGAGAGCGGCGGCCAGCAGCCGGAUGAAGCAGCAGCCGCCGGAGUUCGCGAGCGCGGCCCCAAGACCCAGAGUCCGACGAUGAUGAGCGCUGAGGAGCUUCAGCGCCCCGAUUACAGCUGGCCCUUUGUGGAUAUUGCGUAGAACAAAACUCUAUUUGGCUUGUGGAGGCCACACGUUGUAAGCUAUUUGGCUUGUGGAGGCCACAUGUUGUGAAUCAGAAUCAGAAACGUCGCGAAUGAGAAUCAGAAUCAUGGUGAAUCUGAAUCGGGCUACGGUAGUAAAAAGACCGCGAAUGAAGCGAAAAAAAUUGAAAGGACCGGGCCAAGAAAGUAGGCAAAAAAAAAGGCCAAAGCGAAGCCACACGCGCUGCCGGGUGCCGCAUUUCUGUAAAGGGAGGAAAAAUGCCGAGGCCUUCGCAUUUUUUUCUUUGGGGAAAAAACCUGAGAGCGUUUGCAUUUUUUUCCUUCAGGGAAAAACCUAAAAAAGUUCGCGCGAUUUUCUAUAACAAAAAAACCAAAAAAGCUGCGCGCGAUUUUCUACUACAAAAAAACCAAAAAAGGUGCGCGCGAUUUUCUUUUACAAAAAAACCCAAAAAAGUUGCGCGGGAAUCCCCCCUCGAAAAAAACCAAAACCGAAGACGGGCCAUUUUUCCUGCCUUUCCCCGAUGGUAUGAGGCCGAUCAGGCCGGCGAUUUUUCACAUUUCUGGCCUUUAGAAAAUCGCGCGCACCUUUUUGGGUUUUUUUGUAAUAGAAAAUCGCGCGCAACUUUUUUGGUUUUUUUGUAGUAGAAAAUCGCGCGCAGCUUUUUUGGUUUUUUUGUUAUAGAAAAUCGCGCGAACUUUUUUAGGUUUUUCCCUGAAGGAAAAAAAUGCAAACGCUUUCAGGUUUUUUCCUGAAGGAGAAAAAUGCAACAGCCGCGACAUUUUUUCCCCAAUAGCUGAAAUGGCGCCACGAUUUUCCGCGUUUCGGCUUUUUCUGGUGUUGCUUUUUCGCGGGUUUCGCAGUGCCCUUGCUGGUUUUUUUUUUGCUUUUCAGGAUGCCCCUCAUUCGUCUUAUAUAUUCGGCAAGAAUUGCCGCGCGGAUCAAGUUCAUAACGAUCGCCACAGCGACCCGAGAGUGAGGGAACCGAUGGCAAAUCCGUCCGAGAUUGAUUCGAUCGAUCUCGGGCGCGGGCCGUUGCGCCGUGGCGAACGAGUCCGCCCCUGUGAAAAAGAUGCCUUUGCGUGAAGGCUGCAAAGGGUCAAAAUUUCCGCGAAACUGCGAAGAAGAUCCGCGGCGCGGCAGUCUUGCCGUCUUUUCCGGUGUUAUGUUGCAAGGCCGCGGCAUCUCCAGAGCAGUUGCGGAGUGAUCUACAGAGCAGGCCCAGAGCGCUCCUCGCGCUUUUGAUGUCUCGGGUGGAUGUCCUGCAGAGCACGCCCAGGCCGAUUGCUAAGACUGGGCACGUGAAUACUGUCGGCCGGUCCGACGGAGGGGGGCCGGAAUGGGCGGCCGGCGCUUCGGGCAGUUCUUCGGGAUUUGGGCGCGGCCAGUGAGCACGCAGCGAACAAAGGGGCGAAGAACUGUGGCGGGCGGAGGGUCCGGCGCAAGAUUGUGCAGGUUUUUGCGGGUAAAGAGUAGGGCUGUGGAAGCCCGGCCGGCCCGGCCGCCGGGCUCAGGAUGUUUGUAGAAGCUUCGCGUGCCGCAGCUGUCGCGUGCGACCUUGGCCGGCGACACCUACCGCACUGCGUUGAUGGUAGGCGGCCCGGUGUGUGCCUUUGCAGGGGCAGGCCGCUGGCCCGGCGCGCUACCUAGCUGGGCACCCAGGGCAAGGCCGCCGAUUGGGGGAUCUUGGGAGGGUUGGGCCCGGUUUUUCUUUCUUCAGGAAAAUCGUAUUGGGGGGAAGAAGCCAGGGCCCCUCUCGGUUUUCCCCAAGGAAACCUGCUUGGCGUGUUUCUUACAAGCGCACAAGCAAAGGUGCGCCGGCGCGCUGGUUUGUAUUUUCGCAGAAAGAAACUAGGAAACACGGCCCGCGCAACAGACGCAGGCCGCGGCGCGUGCUCGGACGGGCGGGCCGCACUGUGUGGGCCGCGCGCUCGCAUGCGCGCCCUGUCAGCCGGCCACCAGCCGUCGCACGGAUUGCCAGCCGGCCACCAGCUUUGCGCGCUGGGCGACCACCUUUGUCCUAACCAGCGCACAACACCCUCCGAGGGGCGCUCCCCGUUUUUCCGAACCGUGGCGCCAUCGUGUCACGCGUGUGACGCGAGCGGCAUGCGCUUCAGUUUUGCAGCGUGGUGGCGUAGGGCGCGCGCCCCGGGGGUUCGCCGGGUCUGUGGUUUUGGGUCUAUAUCUAUUGCCCGCGCCCAAUCUUCGCGCCGGCCGGCGGUCCGCCAACCCAAUGUAGGUCGUCCAGGACGGCGCAGACAAUUCCCGUGGCCCGUCAUUCCGUUGCUAUGGCGUGCCCAUCGUGUCGCGCAUCAGUGAUGUGCGACGUAUAAAAGCGACCACGGCGAUGACUCCGAUGCGCGGCGAUAUAUGCAAAGUCGGGACAUUUCUGAGCAGAUUCCUGGAGCAUUCCUGAGGCAUUUCCAGACCCCCUCUGAUCACGGGCGGUCCGUGCGUAAAGCAGCCGAAACGGGUCAGGACAGACAGUGCCGAUCACGCGAUGUCGGAUGGUGUUGCUGCUGUAGCUGCCGCAUCGUCUUCAGCCAGUUCCUCGACUGCCGUGCCUGGCAGUGCGGCAGGAGGAAGCUCUAGCUUAUCCUCCUCUACUGCCGGAAGGGGCACUGCUGCAAUAAAUGCUGGGCACGAUACUACUCCGCUUGGUGGUGCUGGAGCAGCAAAUGCAAAUCCGCCUGCUGUGUUUCUGGAAGGUGCACCAGCUGGUGGAGCAACGACAUCAUUCCAGAUGAAUCUCUCGUCCGGCCCGCCCUCAGAAAACGGGUCCGCAUUUGAGUCGGCGGCGGAGGUGCAGAGCAACGCAAGUUUUACGUCUGCGGUCGAUUCUGUGGUUGGGGUGGUCGUACCGCCUGGUGGAGCAACUACUACGGCAUCGGCUCUACUAUCCCGCGCACCUCCAGAAGGGGCGCAACUCCCGCCGAUGCUGCCGACGUCUGUAUCCGGAGCGAGUAUUUCGUCGCUCGAGACGCCGCUUGUGACCCCGGCCGGUGGAUCGUCAAGCGCGAUGAUGAACCCGCCAGCUGUUGUAGGGGGUUUAGGACAACAAGGCUCGUCUUUCAUGCCCGCAUCGUCUUCGUCGAACGGAAGUACAGCUGCUAGGGCAGCGUUUAUCAAUGUUGCACAGCCUACAACAGCAGGAGCAUCGGCUCCAUCACAAUACAUUAUACAACCAUCGACCACCAUGGGCCUCGGCGCCCCCCCACAUCAAACCCCGCCGCAACUGCAGAUCAUGCAGGGCGUCAUGCAGGGCGCUCCGGGCAGUAGUUUGCUGCAGCAGCAGCCCUCGGGGCACCAGCGGAAAUCCGAAUCGGAGACCAUGCGGAUGUAUCAAGUGUAAAAAUGUCUGGGUCUGGAAACUUGUGAUGCUGGGUGGCGUCUCAUGAUGACGAGGCUACAAAUGCUGGCUCAGCAUGACAAGUUUCUGAGCUCCUAGGUGUUGCCUAUUCUGCAUGACAGACUGCGCUUCUGCAUCACAGAAAAGCGGAGCUCUUGGGUAACGUGCAUGACAGAUUUAAGAGUCAUGCCAGACAAGCAUGACAAACAUGAAUUCUUCCAGACACACACACUUUUACAGUUGAUAGGAUGGUGAUGAAGUCUCUGGCUUCCCACCCCGCCACGAUUCUCGGGUCCGUUCUUGCGGACCAGAUUCGGUUAGACGAAAUCCGGUUGCGGGCCAAGGGACAACACCAGCUGCAGUCCAAGCCGAAAGAGCAACAGACCUUGAUUCCGACGCUGGAACCGAAACGGCUGGAAUUUUUGCGGAAUUUGGCCGAUACGUUGAGAUCGUACUCCAAAAUGAACUCCACGGAUCAACACACGGUUUUUGGCGCGGUGAACGGUCCUCAGGCCGGUGGCUCGUCUUCGCCGUCAAAUCGGAACAGACAAGGAAACAGCGCUGGUGUGACAGCAGCAGCAGCAGCAGCAGCCUCUGGGGCCAGACCAUUGAUGGGAGGAGGUACAACGAGUGCCGGCUCAUCUACUGGUGCAGCUGGUCCUUCCACCACAUCAGCUUCUUCAGCUAUGAUAAUUAGCGAUCCAACCGCCGCGUCUUCUAGCUCAUCGUCGGCCCCCGCGCCGGGCUUUCGCGACCAUCCGAUGGACCCCGUCGUCAAUAAUGUAGGCAGUGCUUCAGUUGCACCAACUACAAUAUUGACCGGCGGAUCCGCGGCCUCGUCCUCCUCAAAAAACCCGAACUCUGAACUUCAAUUUCCUUCCGCAACCGAGCUGCUCUUCCGCAAAAUCAUCUGCACCGCCAUUCCCUGCGACCCGUCUGUCCUGCACGAGUGGAUCACCGUCGCGAGCAUUCACAACGAGCAGCAGAUGCACCCGCAGGCGGUGUACAUUGCGCUCGUGCACACACUGAAGCUGAUUUUCAUGACAUUGGAACGGGAAUUUGAGUUUCUGAAAAUCCCCUAUUUCGCGCCCAAAUUUCAGCGGGAACGGAUCUUCGACAUGAAAGACCUGUACGACGAGAAUCCGAAGAUGAAUGCAGUUGGUGGCGCUGUUGCCGCAGAUCUGCUGAACCAGCGACCCACUCCCAGACCACCGGUUAUGUCCGUCAACCACGGAGCCGCGAGUGGUGGUGCGGCCACGAGCAGCAGUGCUAGUGGUUCUACGAUUUCCGGCACCACAAGUGCUGGUGCGACAGCAGCACAGCUACAAAAUAACCCAGCAGCAGCUUCUGGUGGAGUGCCUGUGCCAGCGCCGUUUAUCAUGAAGUCUAUGUCUUCCGAGUCCAGUAUCGCUUUAGGCGUGACCGAGGACUCCGGGGCGAGCAAUGCCGAGAACGAGUCCAGCAGUUGCGCCGGGGGGGUAAACCGGAGUGUGCUCGGGGGGCCGUUCCAACACCUACAGAUGCAACAGAUAGGGAACAACAGUAGCAGCAGGCCUGGUAUGCAGACCGGGGACGAGAUGCAGGUCGACAGUUGCACGGGGGACGAAGAAAUUAGUGGCGUUAAGAUGAAUCACGGCGCUUCAACUGCUGACAAUAACGGUGCAGACCAUGAUGACGCUGCUCUUGAGAGUUCUUGUAACAAGACGAAUAAAGACUCUACUCGUGCCACUGUGUCCGACUCCUUGAACUCCAUCCUGAAUUCGUCGGAAAUGAGCUUUCUGAACAAAUUCGGCCCGAUCACGCACAGUUUCGAAGAUCAGGAAGAAGAGGAUCUAUUCCAACUUUUCGACGAGGAAGACAAGCACGCAAGGGAGGAGCUGCGGAAGGAGAAAAACGAAUUGCGGCGGUCCGCGGAAUUUUUCGAACUCACCGAGCAAGACACGAAGAAUCUGGUCGGCGUCGCUUUGUUACCCUUUCUGCGGCGAAUCUUGCUGUUGCAGAACGUGCUAGGAGUUCGAGAUACAACGGCAACUACAGGAGAAGAUAGAAGCACAGAGGAAGCAGGGCUGCAAAAGAAAUCUUCUCUCACAAUGAAAAACAACUUUUCCAACUUGACAACCUGGGAGCACGCAUGUUUGCUGGUGGAGAUGAUUUCGGACAAGAAGAUCCAGCUCGACAACCUGCUCCGACUCCACGACAAGCAAAUCGAGAACAACAAGAUUCCCGAUUAUGUGUGGAAAAAGAUGCAGAACGCGCAGGACAAGUGGUUUUCAUCCACGAAAGUGCACUCCCGUGCGUUGAUUGAGUUUUUACCAACUUUGAACCAGAAGGCGUUCGACACGGUGACCAAGCGGGACAUUCCGUAUUUGCGGCCCAAGUUCGCGAAGAACAGCAAAUUCAUCCGGCUCAGCGCCAAACAGGACUACGCGAAUUUGCUGUACCAGAAGGAGUACCGAGAUCAUCAUGGCAGGAAGAACAACACAAGUAACAGCUCUAGUAGUGCAACUUCUUUCCAAAUGCAGCUACAGACCGCUUCACUAAUAUCUUCGCAGUACAAGACAAAAACGACGACACCCUAUUCUGUUCUGCUCCAAAACCGGUGUUUUUUUCUGGAAAUCCACUGUCUCGGGUACGGAAAAACGGAUGUCAGGCAGUGGUCCGAGAGCGACAACAUGAUGCACAAUUCUAUCGGCGCGAUGGCGGCGAGUAGUUCGUGUGCGAGUGCUAACAAUGUCAAUGGCGGAACUAGUAGUGCAGCAGCUUUGCAGUCAGCUACGAUUGGCCGCACUUCCAGCGUCGCCGGCGGGCCGUCGCAGAUUGUGCCGACGACGUGUAACUACAAUCACAACCUCGGGGUGCUGAUCAAACUUCCCUACCUGUACCAGACCCUCUACACCACCUAUAUCAAAAGUAAAAAUGUCUGGGUCUGGAAACUUGUGAUGCUGGGUGGCGUCUCAUGAUGAGCCUACAGAUGCUGGCUCAUCAUGACAAGUUUCUGAGCUCCUAGGUGUUGCCUAUUCCGCAUGACCAACUGCGCUUCUGCAUCACAGAAAAACGGAGCUCGUGGGUAACGUGCAUGACAGAUUCAAGAGUCAUGCCACACAAGCAUGACAAACGUGAAUUCUUCCAGACCCAGACAUUUUUACAGUUGAUAACCUACAUUCACAAGCAAUGCCCGCUGUGCUUCCCGCCAAACUCGAGUAACGUGAACCAGCCGAAAAUAUCGUUCUUGUGCUUGUUGUAUCCUGUGCAAAAGUAUCGUACUCGUACUAAUCGCGGUCAUGCAAGCCAAAUUUCUUUUUCAAGCUAAAUCAGCACGAGAAAUUCCAUUUGUCACGCUGAGCAAAUUUGUAUUGCAAUAGAUACUACGAGUGCGAUACUUUUGCACUGCAUAUGUUGACCGGAAAGCAUUUAUGCUCCGCGAACACGUUCAUGGAGCAGUACGGCGUGGUGCAAGCGGCCGGCGGGUCGGUGAACUGCCCCAACAGCUUCACGAAGCACGCGGGAAAAACGGGGCUGGGAUUGUCGGUGCUGAUCAACCUCCUUUCCGGUCUGGUCCACGUCCAAAAGGACGACCGGAUGUGCGUGUGGGGGGCGAUUUAUUUGGAUGCGUACGGCGAGGAAGAUCGGUACUUGAGCCGGGGAAAACCGCUCUACUUGAGCCAGGCCCGGUUGCAGCAGCUGACGAACGCGAUAGCCAGCCACUCGUUCGAGUCAGACACGAAAUUAAUCUGGAAACAGUUGAACUAG